AUGGGUGUGACACUUAGAACCUUGUGGUUGCUGGGUCUGAGCUCUGCGGCCUCAGCCAGGGCGUUCGAACCUUUAGAGCAUUUAGGUGCUAAUUCUCCUUGGUUUGCGGGGCCUAACGUUAAUAAGAUUGCAUCUACUGUCCCCGAAGAAUGCUCCGUGGACCAGGCUGUUUAUGUUGUCCGUCAUGGCAGCAGAUAUCCUGACCCUGGUGCCUACCAGGAAUGGGAGGGUCUCCACAAAGCGUUUCAAUCUGCCGAGUAUCGCGCUACCGGGUCGCUGAGCUUCAUCUCUGACUGGAGUCCAGUGCUGAGGCACCCCGACCAAGAGAUUAGUCAGUUAUACAACCUUGGUGCCGAUUUGCGAUUCCGGUAUCCGACUUUCUACAAGGAUAACACUCCUUUCUUGCUGUGGGCGAACGACUAUCAGCGAACGAUUGAUUCUGCGAGACUCUUCGCUCGCGGCUAUCUGGGUCCCAAUGCUUCUUACGGCGACGUCUACAUUGUCGAUGCAGAUGCCUCGAGUGCUGCUGGCAACUCCUUAGCGACCUCUGACCAGUGCCCCAACUUUAAGGAUGCCAGCGGGGGUGAUCAAAUCGCCGAAUGGCAAGACAUCUAUCUCCCUCCCAUCACCAAACGCCUCAAUCGUAAACUCUCCGGGAAUCUCACUCUCACGGAUGACCAGGUCUCCUUGUUUCCUUACCUGUGUGGUUUUGAGACGCAGAUCACCGGCCAGGUCAGCCCGUGGUGUGAUGUGUUCACUAAGAAAGAGCUCCUAGAAUACGAAUAUGCUCAGGAUCUGCGCUACUACUACGGCACAGGGCCUGGUGUGGGCAAGAACAUGACCGUUAUGCUGCCUGUGCUACAGGGUGUGGUCAACCUGUUGAAGGAAGGACCAGCCGCCACGGCUGACAAGGGCAACGGUACCUUGCAAUUGCCCCCGCUGGUGGUGGCCUUUACCCAUGAUAACCAGAUUAAUGAGCUGGCUUCUAUCUUGGGUGUUUUUGAUGACCAGAAGCCACUCGCCUCGGACGAGAUGGACCGUGAUAGGAUCUAUGUUAGCAGCAAUGUGAAUCCGAUGCGCGGGACCAUCGCUUUCGAGCGUCUUACUUGCACAUCAGGCGGGAAGAGUAUGGCUAACGUCCGGAUUUUACUCAAUGAUGCUGUGUACCCCAUCCCAUCCUGCCGUUCGGGACCCGGAAGCAGCUGCCCGGUUGACCAAUACGCCCAGUAUGUUGCGCAGAAAAGAAAGGAGUACGGGUCGUUCGCCUCAGUCUGCGGCCUACCCGAGAAAAACAUUACGACCGCCGGAGCUGACGGAGCGGUGACCUUCUUCUCAGAUCUCACACUGCCAUUCCUGCGCGUGGUCAAACCUUGA